AGUGAAUGCCUUGAGAAAUUAAGGAUAAAAAUUGAAAAGAAUUGUCAGACAAGCACAAAUUGUUUUCUUGUGUAAGUGGCUUUGUGACUGUCAAGUGAUUUGGAUUGUUCGGUUCCAGUUGGCUCUCUGUCUUCUGAGGAUCAUGAUUUUGACCCCACUGCUGAGAUGCUGGUCCAUGACUAUGAUGACGAACGGACUCUUGAAGAAGAGGAAAUGAUGGAUGAAGGCAAAAACUUCAGUUCGGAAAUUGAAGACUUAGAAAAGGAAGGGAGCAUGCCUCUGGAAGAGUUACUGGCAUUCUAUGGCUAUGAACCUUCAAUUCCAGCCGCUGCACAUUCCAGUGCAAACAGCUCCCCGAGUGAACUUGCAGAUGAGCUACCAGAUAUGACACUAGACAAGGAGGAGAUCGCCAAAGACCUGCUGUCCGGCGAUGACGAGGAGACUCAGUCGUCUGCCGACGAUCUGACGCCGUCCGUGACGUCUCACGAGACUUCUGACUUCUUCCCUCGACCUUUACGAUCAAAUACUACAUGUGAUGGGGAUAAGGAAUCAGAGGUUGAAGACGUAGAAACAGACAGUGGUAACUCACCUGAAGAUUUGAGGAAGGAAAUAAUGGUCGGUUUACAGUAUCAGGCAGAGAUUCCACCUUAUCUCGGAGAAUAUCAUGGUGAUGAAGCAGUGUAUGAGAACGCUGAAGACCAGCUACUGUGGCGGCCCGGGGUGGUUUUGGAGAGCAAAGUUAAGGAGUACCUUGUCCAGGCGUCAUUGAGAACUGGGAAUGAAAAAGUCGUGGAUCGGAUUUCUGCAGGAACACACACAAGGGACAACGAACAGGCAUUAUAUGAACUUCUCAAGUGUAAUCACAACAUUAAGGAAGCGCUCGACAGGUACUGCUGCAAUGGAAAGUCUGCUCAAGGAAUGACUGCAUGGACAGAAGAGGAAUGCCGAAGCUUUGAACACGCCCUCAUGCUUUUUGGGAAAGAUUUUCAUCUUAUACAGAAGAAUAAGGUGAGGACUCGAUCGGUUGCUGAGUGUGUGGCAUUCUACUAUAUGUGGAAGAAAUCUGAACGUUACGAUUAUUUCGCUCAACAAACCAGAUUUGGGAAGAAACGGUACAACCAUCACCCCGGAGUCACGGACUACAUGGAUCGUUUGGUAGAUGAGACAGAAGCUCUGGGUGGGACAGUAAAUUCUUCAGCCUUAACCUCUAACCGACCUGAGCCCAUCCCUGACCAGCCCCUGAACAUCCUGAACUCUUUCACUGCCAGCGACUUGACAGCUCUGACCAACAGCGUAGCGACUGUGUGCAACCCCGCGGAGGUGAACUGUUUGGAUGAUAGCUUCCCCCCACUGGCCAGUGCCCCCCGGGGACAAGUCAAUCAUGUGCCUGUUGUAACGGAAGAGUUACUCACCCUGCCCAGCAGCGGGGAAAGUGAUUGUUUUAAUUUAUUUGAGACUGGAUUUUAUCCCUCAGAGCUAAACCCUAUGAACAUAUGCAGCGAAGACUCGGAAAGACCCGCAAAGCGAUUGAAGAUGGGCAUUGCCGUCCCCGAGUCCUUUAUGAAUGAAGUGUCUGUAAGUAACCUGGGCGUGGACUUUGAGAAUCACACGCAUCGCAUCACCAGUGCCAAAAUGGCCGUCUCUGUGGCUGACUUCAGCAAUCUCUCUGCCAGCGAAACCAAUGGUUUCAUCAGUGCCCACACCCUGCACCAGCACGCUGCCCUGCACUCCGAGUGACGGCUGGGGUGCAGGCCCAGGACGCUGGAGGGGAGCAACGAUCAGGUUUGCUUAGUCUUUCACUGGAAGUUUGAACCUUUUUCACUAUGACAUCAGUGAUGUCAGUAUGUAUAGAACUUUAUCUUGGUUUAUCAAGAGUAUUUUCAUUUUUCAAUCCAUAAAUGUGGAAAUGAACUGUGAUCAGCAGAGUUGGGAACUAGGAUUGAACUCUGUGGUGCAGCUUUAAGCUCUGCUUCUCUUCCUCAUCCCACCCCUCUGCCCCACAUACCUCGUCCUGCUCCUGGGCUGUUCUCUUCUGUUCUCCACGGCCCUCGCUCCCAACUGAAAACCUGUAGACAGGCCACCAGCUCAAAACCAGCACAGAAGUUCUGAACGGAAUGGAGUGGCUUCUUUUCUUGUAAAUUCCUUUUGCCGGAAUGGAUGCAGUGGGAUAACAAUGUUUACAGGUACCGAUCUCGAUCCCUGCUCAAUGUAGCAUUUUAUUAUUAUUAUUUUUCUUCCUGAUUACAUAAAAGCAGGGGUGGGUUUCUUUAAACUGCACAAACAUGCAAGGAUUUAAAAAAAAAUUUUUAUGGACCCUUCUCUUACAUUAUUCAAGUAGAGCACUUCUGUUUACAAAGCAGCAAGUCCACCUGAAUGGAAGCCAGCACAAGGAACUGCGUGUGUGUAGAAUACGAAGACGCUUGCUUGGAUCCUGUUUCAAAAUUUUCGACCAGGGCUACCUUACACAGAACGGGUCAUCUUACUGCCAGAAGACUUCUGUGUUCACUUCGUGUAUUCACUGAACAUUUGACCUCUGAAGAUGUGGUGUUCCGAUUGGGGUUUGUCCACCAUUGUCAAGAUUGUAAUCUUGCAAAUCAAUACCGGUCCUUGUCUAAUUUUGUUUAUCCUGAAGCAGUCAGCUGGUGGAUGCACAGUCUAGAAAGCCUAGGGUGUUGCCAUUCAGUGGCUUGCAUUCGGGGGCACCUGUUCAGUUGUUUGUAGCGCUGCAGUUCAAAGGGUUCGUAUAUAGGAGGGACGUGUAGUUCGUACACAUGAUGCAGUAGAACCUUGAAGUCUAUUUAAGCCUUUUUUUGUUUCUCGUGAACAUUUGGCAAGAAAAAUGUGAGUUCUUAUCUGAACUAGAAUGGUACUCUACCACUUGAUGUUUUAAAAGGUGACAGGUGUUCAGAUGCAUCUCAGACCUAAUUUUUUUUAUUCUUGUGAACAUUGUGAACCAAGAAGCCAUCGUCAGAAAUUUUGGCCACUUUGCUCUAUAGAAGUGCAUCUUUAAGUUGUAAGCUAAACUCCAACAAUACAGUAUUAGGAUAUAAUAAGCUUUGUUUUUUAUAGUAUACUUAACAAUUUACUUUUACUUUUUUUUUUUGCACCAUCUUGAUAAAUUUUUUUUUAGUAGUUGUGUUGCUUUACAAAAAAACCUAAGUGUUUGGCUGCAUUGCUGAUACUUGUAAGUAUAAGUCGCUUCAAGGUUGUGCUGAUGAGUAGAUAGGAUGUAGUAACCUUAGUAGUGAUUGAAAGGGAGGGUAUUUAUUCUACAAACUGUGAACUGCAAUGACAUCCUUCAUUUUGGAUGAUGUGUAUCCUUGUUUCCCUUUGCAGCAUUUUAAUGAAGAUUGCUUUGAAGUGUUUACGCAGUAGCACAUUUACUGUCAAAUUUAAUUUUUAGCACAGUGGACAAAAUUGGUUAAAUUAAUAACUUAAAAAUCAGUCUCUAAUUUAUACACCUAAAAGUCUAGCAUUCUUAUAUGCACACAGUAAAUAAUGGGUAGCCUGGGACCUGCGUGGCUUUCUGAGAUUUUCAUCCAAGUUGUCAGCUUCUUAUUGCUGUGUUGUUGUGCUAAACUUUGAAACUUUAUUUCUUAUGUUAAUAAUCAGUACAUUUUCUGUAAUUUAGUAAGAUACUGGCCAUACUCUUCCAUUGUUGUAACUUUACUUUUGACUGUGGGUUUGCAGUGGCUGGUUUGUAUAAAAUAAUUUACACAAAGAUGACUGAAUGCUAAUACCAGUUGCACUUAAAUGAACAUGCCCAUUCUCAGAAGCUGAUGCAGUAAUAUAUUCAGUUUAUCUAUGCAUUGCUGGGAUCUUGAUAUAAGAUGGAAACGGUGUUUCUUAUCUAACAUUUGGAUUAUCAGCAAGUUGAAUGGACACUUUAGUUAUUUAAUAAAGAUUUUUGACCAAAAUCCAGAAAAUGGUAUGGGAGAAAAAUAAAUUCCAGCUAGUUUAAUAGAUUUUUAAAUGCCAAUCUGAUUUUAGCCUCUUAGAGAGUGCUAGCUAGCUGGUGAUGUUUACUUUUAAUUCCUUGUUAAAAUGAGGCAAUAAUUUGCAAGAUUUUUGUAUAUAGGUGUAAAUUCUUCAUAUCUUUUUAGAUCUAAUUCAAUAUUUUCUGACUACUCCUGCCAUGUAUAAUACCAUUUUUGUGCAUGCCUGAUGUGACGUUCAUAAUUGUACCACUAUAACUUUAUCCAUGUAAAAUAGCUAUUUAUUGAAUUUUAUUUUAAAAGCGGGAUUUACUGGUUAAUUGUUUUGUUGUCCCCCCCCUCGGUUUGAGAAUUUCAACAGAAUUUGUUACUGUUUAUUAAAAGAAUUGAAGUCGAGAGCAUGAAAUAGCCAAUUUGCAAUCAUAUGAAGAAACUAAUGCCUUUAUUAUCAAGUGUUAAAGCACAAUUCUUAUAACAAACUGUGAUGAAUUCUUUUUUUUUUUUCCUUUGCCACAUUAUUUUCAUAUGAACAAACCAAAAAUCCAUGGUGAGCAAUUGCAGUGUUGGCUGAUGUAUCUUUUAUGUACAGGGAAUUUACAGAGGCAACGUAUUCAUUUAGAAACGUAACUGGUGCUGUGAUUAUAGCAAUACUUUUACUUUUUUAGUCAGACUUCAUCUUUUUCAUUCUAGCUUUUUAUAUGUUUAGUUUUCCUCUUGUCAUGGUCAACUGCUGAAUUUACUUGAAGGAUGUAGAAUACUGCUUAAAAAAUACUAAAGUGUGUACAAUUAGGUCACAUGUUUCCUUUUUAAUUUUUAAAAGGAAUUGUGCAAUUGUUUCUUUUUAAUUUUUAAAAUUGAGGGUCAUAAAUAUUUGAGCGCGUCAGAUCUAAUAGAGCAUAGUGAUACUAUUUAAUUUAACCAAAGUCUUUAGUGAAUAUUUCAACUUUGAAUGUAAACUAACAAGUAAACCUGACAACCAAGGAGAUUGUUUGCCCAGAGUUUCAAAGCACAUUGUCUACAAAUGGAAAUUGAAAUAAUUUAUAAAGAUAUUGACAUUACUAUGUUUUUUAAAAAGUUCCUAAUUUUUUCACUAAAAGGAGGAAACUAUUAGUUUUAUUGUUAAAUAUGGUAGAUAUUAAUAUUCUUCUUAGAUGACCAGUGAUUCCAAUUGUCCCAGUUUGAAAUAAGUACCCUGUGAGUAUGAGAUAAAUUAGUGACAAUCAGAACAAGUUUUAGUAUCAGAUGUUCAAGAGGAAGUUGCUAUUGCAUUGAUUUUAAUAUUUGUACAUAAACACUGAUUUUUUUGAGCAUUAUUUUGUAUUUGUUGUACUUUAAUACCUGGUGUACAGCUCCGGAAAUAAAAAUCUGGAAAUCUUUUUUUC